AUGGAACCACCCCCGUCUGACCUGCUUGCCCGCUCUGCAGCGACUUGGACGUACGCCGAGUCCGACUCGGAAGGAUGGAAGCCGGCACAUUGUCCUCUCACGAGCCGCACGGGCCCGUGGAUUGCCCGGUAUGGCGCGUCAGGCCUGCUGUUCGCCCGUGUUGCAGACGGCAACUUGGCCCUAGACCCGAUUUUUAUUGAAUGGCUCUGUGUACCUGCGUUCAAGGUUCAUCCGUGGCGCGUCUUCUUGCACCCUCAAUUCUCCUGCCGCAAUGUGGUCACGACGGAGCAAAGCCAUGUUUUCUCCACCGCUGCCCCGGUUGACAUUCCUACCCCGGUCGUCGUGUAUGCGGACGAUCCUGGAGAUCUCCAGUAG